UAGUUUUGAGGCCGUUACUGAUCCUCGCCUCUUUCCAUUUAUAAGCUGAUGAGAUACACAGCAUCGAGUUGGGCAGAGGAGAAGCGGCGAAAGGCGGGUUCGGUUGGCUGUAAAUAACAAUUGACUGGUGUACAAUGGCAUAUUCCCAGCAAGUGGAAGCGGCCCUGAGAGCCUUGUACCAUCACCCUGACGCCCCUGUUCGCAGAGAUGCCAACAAAUGGUUGCAGGACUUCCAGCGAAGUAUGGACGCUUGGCAGGUGUCCGAUACUUUACUUCAUCACCCGGACAGUAAUUUAGAAACUCUUAUAUUCUCUUCUCAAACUCUCAAGGCAAAGGUACAGCGAGACUUUGAGGAACUCCCACCAGAGGCUUUUGUACCAUUACGUGAAUCAUUGAAGAAUUUGCUGAAAAAGUUUUGCAAAGGUCCCAACAAAGUUAGAACACAGAUUAGCAUAGCGAUGGCGGCACUAGCAGUUCACGUCCCUGCACAAGAGUGGGGUGGCGGUCAUUUGAACUGGUUGAUCAAUGAGUUGGGCACUACACCUGAGUAUAUUCACAGCUUUCUGGAGUUAGUUACAGUAAUACCACAGGAGGCAUACAGCUACAAAAUUGCAGCUCAUCCAGAACGGCAUCGACAAUUUCUGAAAGAACUUGUUGCGUCAGUUGAAGUUGCUUUUAACUUGUUGGAUUCGUUUCUGGCUUUUGAAGAACUUCAUGAGCAGGUUUUAGAUGCUUUUUCAUCUUGGCUGAGACUAAGUAAUGGAAUUCCAGUUAGCACACUUGCUUCUCAUAAUCUAGUGCAAGCAUCCCUAGCAGGUUUAAAUUCAGACAAGCUUUUUGAUGCAGCAGUAAAUGCUAUUUGUGAGUUGAUACAUUACACAGUUUCAGGAAGUCCUGAUGACAUUCAGACACAAAUGCCUUUAAUUCAGGUACUUGUGCCUCAUGUCAUGGGACUUAGAUCACGCUUUGGGGCUUCAUUAAAGAGUGCUCGAGGGGAGGCUGGAAUGGGUAAAACAAUCAUGGAGGAUGAAGAGAUAGUGAAAGGAAUGGCUCGCUUAUUUGUAGAAAUGGGUGAUGCAUAUGCUCAGAUGAUUGCCACUGGAUCUCAAGAGUCGCUAAUGAUUGUUGAUGCCAUUCUCGAAGUCACAUCACACCCAGAAUAUGAUAUAGCUGCAAUGAGUUUCAACUUCUGGCAUACCCUCCAACUUAUCUUGACAAGAAGGGAAUAUUAUGGGUCUUUUCAAAACGAUGCAACUAUUGAUGCUGAAAAGGAAAGGAGACUGGCUAUCUUCCGUCCAAUAUUUGAGUUACUAGUGUCAUUGGUUUGUUUCCGAGUAACCUAUCCCCAAAAUUAUGAUCAGUGGUCAAUGGAGAUUCUCACAGAUUUCAAAAGAACUAGAUAUGCUGUUGGAGACAUGCUGAUGGAUGCAGCUUCAGUUUUGGGAGGCGAAAACAUACUCAAGAUUCUGUCAAAUAACUUUAUCCAACUGGCUACAAGAAAUGUUGGAAAUGAUGCAUCUUGGGAUUGGCGACCUGUAGAAGCUUCAUUAUAUUGUAUUCGAGCCAUAUCAAGGGCAGUUUCAACAUCAGAGGGAGUUGUAAUGCCACAGGUUAUGGACUUGCUACCGAAAUUACCUCUUCAGUCUCAACUUCUUCACACAGAAUGCUUGACCAUUGCGGGAUAUUCAAAAUGGUUGGGAAGUGCACCUAGUGCACCAUCAUUUCUGCCUUCCAUUAUAGAAGUUCUGAUUAGAGGCAUGACUACAGCACCGGAUGUUUCAACUGCAGCUUCAUUGGCAUUGCGAAAUGUUUGCAAUGCUUGCAGGGACAAGUUAGCUAGUUCACUAGAAGGUCUUUUUAUGAUUUAUCACGAGGCUGUAAGUGGACAAAGUAAUUACAAGCUGUCCAAUGAUGAUGCCUUGCAACUUAUUGAAGCCUUGAGUACGGUUAUAACUGCUCUUCCAGCAGAGCAUGCAAAGAGAGCACUGGAGUCAUUGUGGAUGCCUGUAGUUACUCCCUUGCAGCAAGUCAUAACACAAGAAGCACAAUCAUCUCAACAGAUGAAUGCAAAUCAGUACACUGUUCCUAUUGAUCGUAUUGCAAACAUUUUCAGAUUUGUGAACCUCCCUGAAGUUGUCACUGAUGCAUUCCAAAAAAUGUGGCCAAUUUUUAAAGAAAUCUUUGUCCAACGAGCGUGGGAUAUGAUAACCAUGGAGCGGCUCUGCAGGGCGUGCAAGUAUGCCGUGAGAACGUGUGGAAAAUCUAUGGCAAUUAUUAUGGGUAAUAUGUUGCAGGAGGUCCAGAUGCAGUAUACAGUACAUCAUCAGUCUUGCUUUCUUUAUCUUGCAAGUGAAGUAAUUAAGGUCUUUGGCAGUGAUCCUUCAUGUGCAAAUUAUCUGGGAGGUUUGAUUACAGAGCUUUUUGGGCAAACCGUAGGCUUACUCAAGACAAUUCAGGAAUUUACAUCGAGACCAGAUAUUGCAGAUGAUUGUUUUCUUUUGGCAUCAAGAUGCAUUAGAUACUGCCCACAUUUAUUAAUAUCCUCAAGUGUUUUUGCUUCACUCGUUGAGUGUGCAAUGACUGGCGUCACAAUACAACACAGGGAAGCAUGCCAAUCGAUUUUGACAUUUUUUAUAGAUAUCUUUGACAUAGCAAUGCCCCCCACUGGAAAUCAGUACCGCUCAGUUAUUGAUAAUGUUAUAUUGGUUCGCGGUGCAAAUCUUACUAGAAUUCUCCUAGCUGGUUUGGUUGGAGCUCUUCCUGAGCCUAGGGUUGAAGAGGUGAUAUCUGUGCUUUUGUCAUUCGCACGAACAUAUGGAGGUGAAGCAAUUAAGUGGUCACAAGAGGCAAUUAACUUGAUACCAUCCACAACAAUAACAAAUGAAGAAAGAUGGUCAGUUUUGCAAUCAAUAUCAUCUGCAGCCUCUGGUGAGAACAAUCCUGGCUUUACAUGUUCCCUUGAAGAUCUCUCGGAUAUUUGUCGGCGCAGCAAAGCCACUCAAGAUCAAGUACAAGAAGCAUUGCAACUUCUUUCUUAUUGUAAUCACAGCCCAUGACAUGGCCUUCUCAAAUCUCCCUUCCCUGCCCUGCCUGAACACUUCUCCAUUUAUUAUGUGAGGAGUGAAAGAUUCCCUCGUGGAAAUUGAAAUCACACGCUGUCAAGCCUACAAUUCUUUCCAGCUGUAUCAUUUAUGAUCUUACCAUUAUUUGAAAGGUGGCAAGUGUUAAUAAUUUCAAA